AUGGUAAAAGUGGACGAGAGUUUGAUACGGUCGUUUACUGAACAGCAGCCGUCUUCUGUGACUGCCCAACUGACUCUGCAACUGACAGAGGAGCACGUGGAUUCUCUAGAGCUAACCUGCCUCGCGACCAUCCCCAAGUUCCUGGGCAACAGUAUCCACCCCUCAGAGUACGCUGACCACAAGUCUGAGUCCGUCACUGUGGACGUGGUGCUGAUACAGCAGAAAGCGUCGACGAGUGCCCAGAACAUGAGCGAUGCUGACAGCACAACCCCCUCAGCGCUGUGGACGUGCUUGCUGAUACCUGUCUUCUGGGGCGAACCAUUGAGAGUCGGAAUAGCUUUUACUUUUGUAUAUAUAUAUCAUCAGGGGUGCUUUCAGAUUUUGAAGGUUUAGAUAUUGUAAUAGAAAAGAUUAAACGUUAACGCGUUGUAAUGAAAAAAACUCAAAUAACGAUUUUAAUUGAACACAUUUUAUAAUAG